CAUCCGCCGCAGUCUCAAACCUACCGCCGAUUUCUACUUUCCUCCUCCCUGCUCCGACGUCGAAGCAUAGACCGACCAGCACAAUGGCCUAUUCAAAGGAACAGCUGCUUGCGCGUCUGCAGGAGCUUCAAAUAGAAUUUUCUAAAUAUGAACAUCCUGUCGUUAUGACAGUAGAAGAGCAGGCAAAAUAUGUUGGGAAUAAAGGAGGUGCACUUACUAAAAAUCUGUUGUUGAAGGAUAAGAAACAUAGGUACUAUAUUGUUUCUGCUCUUCCACAUACCAAAGUAGAUUUGAAAGUUUUAGCACUGAGGCUUGGUGUGGGAAAGGGAGGUCUAAGAAUGGCCCCAGAUAACACAUUAGGUGAGAUACUUCAGGUGCCACCGGGAUGUGUUACUCCAUUUGCACUUGUAAAUGAGACAGCACGAAAUGUCUCGCUAUUGUUGGAUCAAGGAUUCAAAACUCAGGACUGUUGCUUUUUCCAUCCUCUGUCCAAUGACAUGUCAAUCUCUCUGAACACUCAUGGCCUUGACAAGUUUCUUAAAUCAAUUGAGAAAGAACCCAUAUAUGUAGACCUGGAGGCUAACCCACAGGUUGGGAAGGAUCAACCUGGUGAUUUGGCUGCUUUUGUACCAUCAACUUCAAUGGUCCUGCCAGAUCCUCAAGAAAAUGAAUCUUCUUCACAAACUUUAGCUGGAAAUCAAGUUAGUGCAGUAUCUGCAGAUGGCAAGUCCAUGGCGGUGAAAGCAAAAGCCGAUAAGCCAUCCAGUACCAGUAAAAAUGUAAAGGUUCAGCCAGCAAAUGUUGCAAAAUCAUCACUUCGUUCUGCAGACAUUGAGAAAUUUGUGGAUGAGAUUCUGGAGAAAACAUCUACUUUGUUCCUUUCAGAGAUCACUGAGGACUCCAUCAAGCAACACGGGGAAAAACUUGGAGAUGUGCUGGGAAACAGUAUCAGAAAACAUCUUACCUCAGAUUUAAGAAAUCUGGCUACAAUUUUCAAGAACAUAGCAUACACAGAAGGGUUUUAUGCCGGUACUCACCAUCAACCCAAGCGCCUUUGAACUUGUUUGUGAAUUUUACCCCUUUACCAACAACAAAUCCCAACUUGGAAAAUUAGGGAGUGUGCAAAUUAUCAUUUUUUUCCUCACAAAAUUUAAUUGUUAUAUUAUAUUAUCUAUAUAUAUAUGUCCAUCAAAACAUCUUGUAGAACUAUAUAACAUUCCUUGUCAAGGGCUUAAUUUAAUUUUUAAUCUAUUAACUAUCACUUUGAUUUCAUUUUAGUCUAAAAACUAUGUUUUAUUUCUAAGUGGUCUAUUAACUUUCAGAUUCAUUUCAAUUUCGUCUACUUGGUCAAAGAUAACGGAAAAUUUCCUAUUUUGUUAGAGAACAGUUAGUCCUCUGACUAUACUUUUUUGAUCUUUUAGUCCUUAAAUUUAUAUUUGUUAUAAAAAUAACUUUUUUACUUAAAAUUAUUAUUUAUAGGCUUUGAUAUCAUAUUUUUAUACUUAAAAUUAUUAUUUUUAAGUAGUUUAUUAACUUUCAGGCUUUGAUACCAAAUUAAAGAAAUAGGAAAACCCGUAUAAAAAUUUGGUAUAACAAAGCCUAUAAAUAAUAAUUUUAAGUAAAAAAGUUAUUUUUAUAACAAAUAUAAAUUUAAGGACUAAAAGAUAAAAAAAAAUAUAGUCAAAAGCCUAACUGUUCUAUAACAAAAUAGGAAGUUUUCCGUUAUUUUUGACUAAGUAGACGAAAUUGAAAUGAAUAUAAAAGUUAAUAGAUCACUUAGAAAUAAAACAUAGUUUUUAGACUAAAAUGAAAUCAAGGUGAUAGUUAAUAGACUAAAAAUUGAAUUAAGCCCUUGUCAAGAGAUUAUACUGAGAAUUCUGGUUAAUAUCCUUAGCUUUUCUUCUCAGACUCGCAUCGGAUUAAUUGUUGACCAGGUAAAUAACUUUGCAUAAUUUUG